CAGACAUCAGGGAGUGAGACAUGGGAAUAUCCAUGGGUCCAGGGACAGAGGUUCUGCCUCUCACCUGCCUGAUGCUGCUCCUGCUCUGCAGAGCCCCGGGUGCCGGUGCCCAGGGGGUUCAGGACUACAAACUACACCAGCCCCAGGACAAGGUGUCGGUGAAAGUGGGGGAGAUGCUCACCCUGAACUGCACCGUGUCUGGAUCCAGUGUUCCUGGUCCUAUGAAGUGGCUGAAGGGCUGGGGCACUGAGAACAGGACCAUCUAUGGGGACACAGACUUUGCUUCCACCCGUGUGACGAGAGCAGUGAAAGAGUCCGACACAGACUUCACCAUCCACAUCAGGGAUGCUCAGCCCGAGGAUGUCGGCACCUAUUACUGCGUGAAGUUCCGCAAGUCCCUGAGCGGUGAGAAUGAGAUGUUUCGGCGUGGAAGUGGCACAGAGGUGUCUGUGCUCGCCAAGCCCUCCCCCCCGAUCGUGUCCGGGCCCAGCCAGAGAGCGGGGCCGAGGCAAUCAGUGGCUUUCAACUGCACGGCUGGAGGGUUCUUUCCUGAAAACAUUAGUGUGAAAUGGUUCAAGGACAAGACCUCCAUCUCAUCUCAGCUGCCCCAGGUCACUGAAUGGCGGGAGAAAUCCUACAACAUGUCCAGCAGUGUGACAGUGGUCCUAGAGGAGGGUGACGUCCUCUCACAGCUCAUCUGUGAGGUGCAGCACUUGGCGUCAUCGAGCUCGCUGAAGGGGAUGUACCAGCUCAGUAGAGUCCUGAGAGUUUCCCCCAGUGUCGAUGUGAGCACUAACCAGACGAGCCCCAUUGAGGUGAACAAGACCAUGAAAUUCACCUGCCACGUGAAGGGGUUUUACCCAGAAACUGUGGCUGUUUCCUGGCUGGAGAACGGGGUGAAGAUAAAGAAGGAGAAGAACUACCGGCCACCGGUGUUCCGCCAGGGCUUGUUGGAGCUGAGGAGCCAGCUGGAGGUGCAAGCGACAGAGGAGAAGAAUGGGUCCAUGUUCACCUGCCUGGUGGUCCACGACGCUCAGGCCCCUGUCAACCAGUCAGCCAUCCUGUGGAUCGCCAGCCCGGACCAGCAGGGUCAGAACAAGGGGUCCCAGAUAUACAGUGGUGCGUCAGCUGGGUGGGGUGCCUGCUGGGGUGGCUGUAUGGUGUAACCCCCUGAGAAAGCUCAAAGUCCCAGAAAAGGCUCCUUGAGAGGGAUGGAAUGCCUGUCUUUGGGAUCUGGUUGCUCACACCCUCUUUCCCCACUGCAGGUGUGA